AUGGGGAAGAGGAGCGCCGGCUGCCAGGCCGAGGGCGCGGGCGGGGACGGCGCGCCCGCAGAGCUGCCCCUGCGGGUGGUGCAGCUGCUGUCGGCGCUCUUCUACGGGACCUGCUCCUUCCUCAUCGUGCUGGUCAACGAGGCGCUGCUGACCACCUACCGUUUCCCAUCACCAGUUGUUCUUGGAAUUGGACAGAUGGCAGCUACCAUAAUGAUACUGUAUGUGUCCAAGCUAAAUAAAAUAAUUCACUUCCCUGAUUUUGACAAGAAAAUUCCUGUCAAGCUGUUUCCUCUGCCUCUUCUCUACAUUGGAAACCACAUAAGCGGAUUAUCAAGCACAAGUAAAUUAAGGUCUGACCUUGCUUUUAACUUGGAAGGCUAUAUUUUUGUCUUCCUGAAUGAUAUCUUCACAGCAGCGAACGGAGUUUACACCAAACAGAAAAUGGACCCAAAGGAGCUGGGGAAGUAUGGAGUGCUUUUCUACAAUGCCUGCUUCAUGAUCGUCCCAACUCUUAUCCUCAGCGUCUCCACGGGAGACCUGCGGUAGGCUACUAAAUUCAACCAAUGGAAGAAUGUUCUAUUUAUCAUACAGUUUCUUCUUUCCUGUUUUUUGGGGUUUCUGCUGAUGCGCCCGCGGCCCUGUGCAGAUGCUACCGCUCCGCUCGACGGCGGCGGCGGGGGUGCCGUCAAGGCGAAUGAUGAGUCCUCUCUCUUUUCGCAGAAUGUAUCCAUUGCCUACAUUGGAUUAGUUGGUGGAGACUACAUUUUCUCUGUGUUAAACUUUGUAGGCUUAAAUAUUUGCAUGGCUGGGGGCUUGAGAUAUUCCUUUCUAACUCUAAGCAGCCAGUUAAAACCAAAACAACCUGUGGACGAAGAAAACAUCCCUCAGGAUUUGAAGGGCUAGAAUCUGGGGCAGAACUGCAGAUUGACUGGCAGACUGGGGCCUG